UGUGUGUGUGUGUGUGUGUGUUUCCCUCCUCAGAAGGUGAUGGUGUGGUUGAUGUAUGUGACGACGUUCUGCUUCUGUCUGACGUGGCAGUUCAACCAGUUCAUCCUGCUCGUCCAGGCGCUCAUCAUAUACACCCUGGACUGUGGUGAUUUCCUGACAACCACACAGGUGACCACUAUGUACCUUGUUCAAGUGUGCAGUCUGCUGAGCGUGUGGCUGCUCCAGUUCUGUAACUCCAUGAUACUGGGAUCGCUGGUCCUGAGCUUCAUCGUAGCCGCACUCUUCAUCAGACACUGCCAGCCCGGUCUGAAGACGGGAGGCCCGCUGUUUCGUCUGGCCAAACUGCUCCUCCACAGCACCAUGGUUCUCCUCCUCACCUUCACCAUCAACUACCUGGCCAAGAAAGCUCUUCAGCUCAGAUCAGACGAACACAUCUUUAAAUUCAUCAAGUCAAAGCUCGCCUUGGGGCCGACAAGGUAGGAAUGCACACUGCGUGGAUGCAUACGCGCAGUGUACACACACACACACAGAACAGACUGACGCGCUCUUGCGCCACGCUUUACUCUCGUUAAUCUGUACUUUGCCACUAAGGCGUGCUCACACACGCGCAGCAGAGUCUGCACAGCCUGAGCUCACGCACCUCUUGACUCGAUGCAGCUCGACUGUAUUACUCACUGAGCACCAGUGUUGUAGCACCCGGAGUGUGAAGUGUGUGCAAAUAAUAGAUGUCCAUGUAACGCCACCAGGCCUCUCACCGAUCAGAU